CUGAGCCUCUGAAUGUGUGUUUCUUCUUCCCUCUCUCUCUCUCUCUCUCUCUUUCUCUCGUUUCCUUUCAUCUUCUCUCUUCCUUAUCACUUGAUCUUCCAUAGCUCAUAUUUGUCAGACUACAAAAACUUCUGACAAUGGAAGCAAACAGAUUCUCUACUCUGUCAGCUCUUCUUGUACUGUUAGUGUCACUGCCUCUCUCUGUGACUUCAAAAGACCAAACUGUUUCUUGCACAAUGUGUUCCUCUUGCGACAAUCCUUGCAAUCCUGUCCCAUCUUCUUCUUAUCCUCCUCCACCUCCGUCUUCAAGCUCCGGUGGCGGUGGUUCUUAUUAUUACUCACCUCCUCCUCCUUCCAGCUCAGGUGGUGCUAAGUACCCGCCUCCUUACGGCGGCGACGGUGGACAAGGUUACUAUUAUUCGCCUCCUUACUACGGAAAUUACGGGACGCCGCCACCGCCGAAUCCGAUCGUUCCUUACUUCCCGUUUUACUAUCACACACCUCCUCAGGGUCAGCAGGGGUAUUUAGAUUCUGGAUCGGAUCGUUUACAGGGUUCUCUUCUCUUUGCUCUGUUCGUUGUCUUGCUCUGCUUUGUGUGACCGACUCAUCUUGAUUUACCUACCUGGAUAAAUGUACCAAGAACUGAAUUAUCUUUUACUUUUUUAACUUAUCUUUUUUACAUUUUUGUUGACAAUUUGUAUUUAAUAUAUAUAUUUUUAAUCAAUGAAGAACAUUUUAUACGUU